UGGUUUGAGCCACGAGUCUCAUCGUAGAGAUGUGGAGCAGGUCUACCUCCGCUGCUCUCAGGGGUCUCUGGAGUGGCUCUACCCCACAGGAGCUAUCAUUGUCAACGUGCGGCCAAACACAGAGCCCUCUUCAGGACACAUGGCAGGUUUCCAUGUGUGCAUCAAACCCUACACUUACUCCCAGGGUUCUCAUUUGUAUCUGGAGCGUGCCGGGGAUCUGACGCUGCUGCUGGCAGAGGAGGACCACGCUCAGGGCACAGUGCACUGUUUCAGCCUGGCAGAGGGAGCUCUCUUUGUGGAGGCCGUCCCUCACACAGACAUCAGCCGGAGGAUCACAGCUUUCCAGUACGAGCUGGUGCCCAGUCAGGGGCCCGGGGCACACAUGUACCCAUACCUGCAGCCUGGUUUAGUCACCUGUAAACCCUGCUCAGAUGAAGAGGUCCUUAUGGCUGUGUGUACCAGUGACUUUGCCGGCAGUGGCAGCUUUCGAGAUGUGGCAUCAGGUACUAACGGCCGCUCCCCGGUUGUGGUGACUCUGAGUCGGCUGUUCCGUCAGAAGAACAGGGUAUUUGCCUGGAGUGGAGCCAGAGGGCGGCGUUGGAGUGGACGUAUCAAUGUUCCUGCACAGUGCGGUGUGCAUCCUAGAGGGGAUGAGUACCUUUUGACUGGUUCUGUUCAUUUUGGAGAAGCCUGGCUUGGCUGUGCGCCCCGCUACAAGGACUUCCUGAAGUUGUACACCAGAGCAGACAGAGCAGGAACAAACCCCUGCCAAAUAGACACAGACUGAGAAAUCUAUUCAUCUCUUCUGGGUAAAACAGGGUGGAGUGACUCUCAAAAAGGUCAGCGAGUAAGGCACAAAGAAGAACCGAGAAAUAAACAGACUUCUGGCCAUCAUUAAAGGCUACUUUCUGCAGACUCUUCUCAGUGAUGUGCAACUUAUUGUUGCCUUGCAGCAUAAAAGACAAUUGGACAGUUUGAACAUUUUAGUAGCCAACAUGCUGUCUAAACUAAAAUGUCCCCAUUUGACUGUAUUUGUAUGCUGUAUGUGUAAAUGUGUCUGUGUAUGACUGAGGCAGCAAAUGAAUGAAUGAUGAGCUUAAAUUAAUUUUGUUUCUAACUGGUUAAAGUUUUUAAUCUCAUGACGAUACCGCUCGUGUGAUCGUUGUUGAAAUGAAAGUUUGCUUUGUAAAAAGCUUUCUGUAAAAUUUCUUCUGACAGAAGUGUACAGUAUGCAGCUCUGUGAGUCUUCGUGUACUAAGUGUGUGUGUGUUUUGCUAAUGAGUUCAAAUGGUCUAUAUAUUUGCAGAAAAUAAAGAGCCAUUCUUCA